UUGAUUAGUCCUUUUGCCUGGGAAUUGUAUCGUUGCUCAAAUAUUUGUUAUAGUUCUUUUGUAAAGUUCGUCAACUGUAAGGGAAUAGUUUUUGAGUGCAAGUCUUAAAGUUUGCUGGUCAAGAUACUAUGUUUGGACAAGGACCUCAUUUACCAAACCCUCUGAGUGGAGCAAGUGCGACCCAUGCUCUACCUUCGGGACAAGGAGUAGGAAUACCGGCCUCGUAUCCUUACGUUCCAAGUUAUCAAGGUUAUUAUCCUUCUGCGAUGGUUGGAGGAAGCUACUUAGCGAAUCAAUAUCCUCCUCCCUCAUAUCCAGUACAUAACAACAUUCCAAGUGCGACGGAGCAUACCACUUCACCUGGAUUUCAACAGCGAAACGUAGCAAUUUCUGCAGCUCCAAAUCCUAGCCAGUAUGCACAACAAUUAUCGAGCGAAACUGCUCAGGUAUUUGGUUCUACGCAAGAUAACGAAAGAGGUGGCGCCCUGAUACAAACUUCCAAGAAAAUCAAAGAGCUUGCAGACUUAUUGAGCAAGGAAUGCGAGAACUUCUCUGGGGAAGUGGACUCUUCUAAGAACAUCAAUGAUGACUUGAGAAAGAAAAUAGAAGCUCAGGUGGUAGAACUGUCAGUGAUGGAGAGAGCUCUAAUGGAUCUGGAGAGAAAGCACAAUCAGAUGAAGCAGCAGUAUGAGGAAGAAAUUAUUCGCCUUAGAGCUCAAGUAAAUCAAAUGCAACAAUAUCACAAUUAUUCGGAGGCUAUAAUGAAACAAGCGGUAACCCCAGCAAAGACACAGCCAAGCAGUGGCAACAAUGCAGACGUUUCUAAUCCAACAAAUAAUGCUAAUCAAGGUAACCUCUUUGAUCGUGGGUCCAGAAAUCCAGUGAUCUCGAACAGCAAUCCUACAGCAUCUAGUCAUUUAGGACCUGAAAAGAAUUCAGACUUGCCGUCACAGAAUAGUAUUGGAACAAGUUCAAAUGUUAUGGCGCCAUCGAACGAAGCAGUGGAAACACUCAAGUCUUUUCGCCGGGAGCAGAUUGAUGAUUCUACUGGACACGUUGCUAGCUCGUCGGGAGUAGAAAUACAUUCGGCACCGUCCACUAGUCGCUCCUUAGGAGAUGGUUCUCAUCCUAGCAAUUCGGCUACAAAAGCUUUGGAGAGAAUGACCGACAUGCCUGGUAGAUUAUCAGAAAAUGAAGUGGUUUAUCCUGGACACCUUGGAAACAGAAGCGUCAAUGUGAAACGUUGUCAUUUGUAUGAACUAGAAUCGGUUGUUUGUUGUGUUCGAUAUAGUAUGGACGGACGCUAUUUGGCAACAGGUUCUAAUAGAGCUUCCGAUCUCUUUGAUGCUUUGACAGGAGAACACAUAGCGAAGUUUUCCAUCACAAAGAAUGAAAGAAUGUCCUUGCCUUCUACAGAUUCUUCAUAUAUUCGUGCUGUUGCUUUUUCGACUGACGGUACUUUGUUAUGUACUGGUGGAGAAGAUCAGGCCGUUAGAAUUUGGGACAUAAAGAGACGUUCUGUUCGUUUUACAUUGAGUGGACAUCUCGGUCAUGUAUACUCAGUUGACACUUGUAAUGAUGGAAGGUUAUUGGCGAGUGGUAGUGGAGACCAAUCUGUGAAGCUGUGGAAUAUUCAAAAUGGUCAAGAAGAGAAAACUCUGAAUUGUUCUAGUCAUAAGAAGAUCAAUAGUGAUGGAAUAACCUCUGUCUCUUUUAGUCCUCGUGGUCCUUAUCGUAUCGCAACUGGUUCGUUAGAAAGGACUGUGAGAGUUUUCGACGUAGAGACUGGUGACCUGUUGCAUAAUUUCCGUCAACAUGCAGAUUCUGUAUAUUCUGUCGCCUUUUCGAGUGAUGGAAGAUAUUUAUUGUCGGGUUCGCUCGAUAAGAAUGUUAUGUUGUGGGAUCUUGCAGCUCCACCGCCAAAUAAUUAUACUACUUUCAAAGGUCAUACAGAUUUUGUUCUAUCUGUUGCAUUUAGCUUAGAUGGUCGUCUUCUCUUGAGUGGCAGCAAAGAUCGUACCGUGACUUUCUGGGACCCAAGAGUUCCUUCUGGUAGUGUUAGUGUAUUAGAAGGACACAAAAAUUCAGUUAUUAGCGUGUCCCAUUGUCCUAUCAGUGAUAAGUUUGCGACUGGUUCGGGCGAUUGUUUGGCAAAGAUAUGGAAAUAUAGCAUUGCAAAUUCGGAAAAUGAAGGACAGUAAAGAUGACAGAAAUUAUACUGCUAUGGUUUUCUUCUAUGUAUAAAGAGUCUACUGAACAA